CUAGCCGCAAAGAGGUUGAGAUUAAACAAGUAUUGCUCUAUCUUGUCCAUUGUAGAAAAGAUGAAGGUUACAUUUUCAGUUAAAGCUUACUCAAAGAUACUUUUGCACGCUUGCAAGUAUCCACAUAAAGCUGUCAAUGGAGUACUAAUAUCAGAUUCAGUUCCAAAUGGGACCGAAACCAUAGUUGUAGACGCAAUUCCGCUUUUUCACCAAUGUUUGGGCCUAGCGCCUAUGUUGGAAGUUGCUUUGGCUCAGAUUGAUGCUUACUGCCGUUCAAACAAACUCCAAAUCGCCGGAUACUAUCAGGCCAACGAAAAUUUCAAUUUCAAUGAACCUGAUCUGGUUGCUUACAAGAUAGCUGAAAAACUGCAAGAGCAUGCCAAUCACACUUUUUUAGUAAUGGUUGAUAACACAAAGAUGGGAGCUGAAUGUGAAGACCUGGCCCUUAAGCUGUACAUAUCACAUGAGAGUAAAUGGAAGCAGAAAGAUGGGAACUGGAAUCUUCAAGAUGGUGAUGCUGGCCUAGCCAUUGUUUCUGAACUAAUACGAAGUAAAGCAUACCAAACCUUGUCUGACUUUGAUAAUCACUUAGAUGACAUAACACAAGACUGGUUAAACCCAUCUGUCAAUAAACUUCUUUUAUUACCUAUUUCAAAGUAAAUUUUAUUUCAAGAAGUCUUAACAUAAAGCAUUAUAGACUCAUUAGCUAAUAGAGAGUGCGGGAA